AUGAAGAUUUUUAUUGACAUUUUCUCCGGCGACGAGUUGUUGUCCGACGCUUACGAUGUCAAGGAGGUUGACGGCGUCGUUUACGAGGCUGACUGUGCCAUGGUCCAGGUCCGUUCUGGUGGUGACUUUGACAUUGGUGCCAACGCUUCCGCUGAGGAGGCUGCUGAGGACUUGGAGGACGGUGUUGAGACCGUCAACAACGUUGUCAACUCCUUCAGAUUGCAACAGACCCAAUUCGACAAGAAGUCUUUCUUGACCUACAUCAAGGGUUACAUGAAGGCUGUCAAGGCUAAGUUGGCUGAGACCGCUCCAGACCAGGUUGAGGUCUUCGAGAAGGGUGCUCAAGCUUACGUCAAGAAGGUCAUUGGUUCUUUCAAGGACUGGGACUUCUACACUGGUGAGUCCAUGGACCCAGAUGCCAUGGUUGUUUUGUUGAACUACCGUGAGGAUGGUGAGACUCCAUACGUCGCUGUCUGGAAGCACGGUAUCAAGGAGACCAAGAUCUAA